AUGAAUUUGGAAAUCUUGGCCACUGUGUUUAGUAUCUUCUUCAACAUUAAAUUCGACAAAUGGACUGUUACUCAAAGGACUAAUCUGACUACCCAACUUCAAUCCGGUAUUCGCUAUUUCGAUUUCAGAGUUGCCUUUAAACGAGAAGGAUGCAAGGGAAUUCAGUCGAAUGCGUCUAUGGAAAUCUAUCCUUGUUUCUAUAUUGUUCAUGGGCAAUAUGCGAAUAGAGUCGACGUGGAAUUGGAGGAAAUAAAGAGUUACCUUCUUGAUCACCCCAAAGAAGUUGUUAUUAUCGAUUUCCAGCAUUUCUACAAGUUUGACACUGCUGCCAAUGCCGUAUUCGUGGAAAUGGUGGAGAAGAUAUUUGGUGAUACGUUGGAGCCUUACAGGUCCAAAAUUCCAUCGUUGACUGAACUGUGGUCACGUAAGAAGCAGAUUAUUGUAAUAGGACAUAAGAAAACUCUACCCACGGAAGAGGAAGGAGUAUCCUUAAUUUGGCCAAGGAGUAAAAUCGCACAACCGUGGCCGAAUAUAAGGAACCCGAAAAGCCUAAAGAAAUACUUGGGGAAAUUCCAUGAAAUCAGGAUGAGCAAAACAGAUUCAGACAGCUUUUUCGUAUUUCAAGGAAUACUAUCACCAAAUAUGGAGUUCAUCAUGUCUCAUCCAUUUUCGAGUGUGGAAAAGUUAGCCAAGAAGGCAAAUGUGGAGGUUGAAAAGUGGCUUGAUGACUUGGAGUACCUUCGGGGAAUUGUCAUUACUGAUUUCUCCAUUUUGGGCUUCCCCAAUUUCGCCCGAAGUGUCUUUUCUAUGAACUGGUAG